CACCACCUGGCCAAUUGGCACCCAUUCCCAUUGGCCCCCUAGCGUUGUACGGCACCCACUUUUGUGUGUUGGAAUAUGAGGUCACCGAUUGGUAGUCUUCAGUUGUAUAAAGUCAUGACCAGCUUCCAAAAACCGCCAUAUUCAAGAAGCCUUCACUGCCUUUGUCUCGGAUAUGGAUACAUUGCAUCAAUUACCGCGGUCUUCGUCGUCAUACUUCUGGGGGCAGGACGCACAUGUUGACGUUAGUGUUUACGAUGGGCGGUCCACCAGCAUUAGUGAAUCACAAACUCUACCUCGAGGGUUUGAUUAUUCUCCGUCAAUGAACAUGGCGCACGGUCAUGCAGGUUCGCAGGUGUAUUUCGCUGGGCCGCCCCUGAUCGACACCAGGGCUUGGGAAACCUUGUUUCACCAUCCUUCAGAAAACUUUCCACGCAACUCGCCGUUAGCACCCAAUCAUUGGCAGUACAGCUAUUCUCCAUUCGUGAGCCGCGAACACCCCACAUCCGACAACUACAUGGAUGAAUCUACUCAAAGCGAGUGGACGACAACGCCAGUUGACGCUCGUCCACCGUACGCGCCGUUCACCCUAGGCCCCCCAUUUCCUUCAGUACCCUCAGAAUCACACGUGUCUCCUUCUGUUGACGAUCGAGAGCUGCAUCAUGAACACAGGGCGUCCGACGUGGAAGUAUUUUAUUGCCCGCUGCCAUCGAGUGAUGGAACGUAUUGCAAUGCACCGAUCCCGUGCAACGAAGCCCGCAUCACGGCGCACUUGCGCAGCAUCCACGCGCUGCAUGCGAAGCGUUUUGAAGUCAUUAGUUGUCUGUGGCCUGGAUGCAACUGUAGCAUGCAAGCAGCGAGCAUUCCUCGUCACAUCAUCACGCUUCACGUCAAGACACGUUUCCAAUGCUCGUACUGCGGCAAAAGCCUCACACGAAAAGACGGGAAGUUAAAGCAUGAGAAAAUAUGUCAUGAAAAACCGUGACGGCACUUCCAUUUUUCUUCAGGUUAUUGAUCAGCCAACUUUAUGUAGCGCCUCAUUUAAACUAAGAUUCUCUUGCAUACUAAUUACAGCUUCUCAAUUUUAUACCACGCAGUUUCUUGCAUAUUUGAACGUUAACCUUUAUAUUCUAUCCCCUCGGGGCGCCUUGUAUGGUAGAAAUCUUUCAUAUUGACGAAUCAUGUUGCAAAGUUGCCCG